AUGCAGCUGGAACGGAGCGCGACUUUGAUCCCAUCCAUUAAUGCUGGAGUAUGGGAACAGGGCAUGUCAACGCGGGUCGUGCUGUUCAGAGACUGGGUCUGGAAGGAAGAGCGACCAUGGACUGUAUGCUUCGCCGGUGUGCAGAAGCUAGACGGCAAGGCUGGGCUGGACAUGAUGCAGAGCGCAGCGGCGUUUAGAAUUGAGGCGACGGGCGUGGUCGGCGUGCAGUACGACACUAGCCAACCAUCGGUGCUCCUAUCAACGACUGCACGGGCGAAACGCAAGUUGGCAGAGGCUGGCCUCGAGGUGCCCGAUAGCGACGAAGAUGACGAGGAGUACGGAUGGGCACAAGAAGACGAAUCGGCGCUUCCCGGCCCGCCGCCGCAAUGGCAAGGCAGUGAAGACAUUCUCUUAGGGACUCAAGCGGCCGAAAGCGAGGAUGACGGCAAUAGCGACGGAGACGGGCGCGAUGGGGAUGAGGCAGCGACUAGCGGCCGAGAUAACAAGGAUUUGGCCGAGUAG